UUUUUUUUAUUUUUUAAAAGUCUUGUGAUUAUCCACGAGUUUCGGUGCCUGGUGUUGUUUUAUCAUGUCCUCGCCACAUUCCGAGUCUCCGUCCCACAGCUCAGCGCGCACAGAAGCAAAGGAGCCAACUGCUGUUAAGACGGACCAGAAGUUGAAUAUUCCCAAAGAUGACUUUGUGAUGACCAUGAAAAGGUCUUUGAAGUUACCUAGACCACGUUUUGAUGUGUCUUUGUUUUACCUUACUCGAAAAUUCAUGGACCUCAUCAGAGUUGCCCCAGAGGGUAUUUUGGAUCUAAAUGAUGUUGCUAAGUUACUGGGGGUACGAAAGAGGAGAGUUUAUGACAUUACUAAUGUACUUGAUGGAAUCAAUCUGGUUCAGAAGAAAUCAAAAAACCUUGUGCAGUGGAUAGGGGCUGAUCUAACUAAUGCUGGCACUAAGGUUCCUGAGCAGCAGAGGCUUCAGAAUGAAUUAAGUGAUCUUUCUACCAUGGAAGAGGGCCUGGAUGAGUUGAUCAGAGACUGCGCUAACCAGUUGUUCCGAUUAACAGAGGAUAAAAUUAACAUGAAAUUGGCAUAUGUAACUUAUCAAGAUUUACACAACAUCAAGUCUUACAAUGAACAGAUUGUCUUGGCAAUCAAAGCUCCUGAAGAAACCAAACUAGAAGUGCCACAUCCCACCAACAAGUCCAUAGGGAUGCAUAUAAAGAGUACAAAGGGGCCAAUCGAUGUUUACUUGUGUGAAAUUGAAGACAAAACAGAGAAUUCUUUUGAGCAAUUGACAAAAACUGUUAAGAUGGAAACAGAAACUAUCCUUAUUGAUGACGAUUGAUUUUCAUAUGAUUUUUGAAAAUCCAACUGGCUUAUCCAUGCAGUGAGCUUUUGCACUGUCACUUUUUGAAGCAUACUGUAUAUACGACUGUUCAACGACUUUUCCAAAGUGUCCAAGCUUUAAAGGAGGAAAGCAAGAUUCACUUCAUUACAGGAGUUAAUAUUCCAUCGCUAAAUUUAACCUGAUUUGAAAUGGGAUUUAAAUAUGAAUAUGUAAAGGCAUGUAACAGGUUUAUAUCACCCAUUACACCUUUCUUAUUUUUUGGAUGAUGUCUCUAUAAAGUUAUACAAAUAUAAGGACAGAACCAGUUAUGCUUAAAGGGACAUGAAACCCUAAUUUUUUCUUUCAUGGUCCAAAUAGAAGAUAGGAUUUUCAAGUUCUCUUGGUAUUCUUUGCUGAUGGAGCAACAAUGCACUACUAGGAGCAAGCUGAACACCUUGGGUGAGCCAAUGACAGGAGGCAUGUGCAGCCACCAUCAGCAGCUAGCUCCCAGUGUGCAUUGCUGCUCCUGAGCCUAUGUAUGUUUUUCAACAAUGGAUACCAACAUGACCAAGCAAAUUAGAUAAUAUAAAUACAUUUGAACUUUGUUUAAAAUAGCAUGUUCUGUCUGAAUCAUGGAAGUUUAAUUUGGUCUUUAUUAUACCUUUUAAAUAGAGAAAUUCUGGCUUUGUUGAAGCAUUUGCAAUGGGAUUGCCUUCCUGUUUUAAGUAUGUAUUUUAGUUGUGUCUUCUCAUGUUUAUACUAUAGCUAUUAUGGAAGUAGCUAUUUGCCUUGGGAUUAGGCUACGGUGCACUUGCAUGGAGUGUACCAUCUGCAAGAAAAACUACAACAUAGAGGAAAAUCAUGAUUUCAACUUUUCAAGGACUUAGCAAUGUGCUUUUAAUGUAUUCCAGUUACAGAUUUUGUGGGCACCUUUAUUGUAUAUAAAUAUAUAUAUGUAAAUAUUUUUGUAGAUAUGUUAAUAUUCUGAAUGCAAACUGAUAUUUUGGAAAAAGUCUUUCCAUUUUCUUUAUAUAUAUCUGGCAUAGUGAGAAUUAUCAAUUAGAGGCCAGAUUUUUUUUCCAUCAUAAUUAGUAAUGCAAACGUUUUUCUUCUAAACUUGCUUUUGGGGAAAAUCAUAUCUUUUAUUAAAGUUCUAUCACAUCAUUGUGUACCUACCAGUGGGCAGAGAAUGCUGUAAGACACGUCCUUGCAUGUUUGCUUGGUGGUCUUGGGAAGCCAGCUAGGAAUCAUGUGACGCCACUGGUACUAAGAGCAUGUUUUUACAACUGUACUUAAAGGGACAUGAAAUCCAACGUUUUUCUUUCAUGCUUCAGAUAGAGCAUGUCAUUUUAAAUAACUUUCCCAUUUAUUUCUAUUAUCUAAUUUGUCUUGUUCACUUUAUAUAAUUUGUUGAAAAGUACACCUAGGUAGGCUCAAAAGCUGCUUGAUUGGUGGCUGCACAAAUAUGCCUCUUGUCAUUGGGUUGCAGCUAUCUCCCAGUAGUGCAUUGCUGCUCCUUAAACAAAGGAUACCAAGAGAAUGAAGCAAAUUAGAUAAUAGAAGUAAAUUGGAAAGUUGUUUAAGAUUGUAUGUUCUAUCUGAAUUAUGAGAGAAAAAAUGGGUUUCAUGUCCCUUUAACGUAGGUUGUUUGCAUACUAAUAGGUACAUUUUAUUUAAUAUAAAUAUAGUUGAAAAAAAAUGUCCUUUUGCAAACAAGGUUAUUGUACAAAACUAAAUAUUGGGUUUACAUGAAUUAUGCACUGAAAUCGACAGGUAGUUUGGUAUCAGUGUAAUCGAAUGUCAUCAUGAAUGCUAUUUUAUUUAUGAAUUAUUGAGAGAAGUAGUUUCUUGCCAGAAGAAUUUUCACAGAUCAUGUGCAAGCAAGAUGCAUACCCAGUGCUAGUGCAUUAACACCCUGACUGCCAAAUGAUCUUCAGCAGCCAAUGAAUUUGUAUGGAUGUAGCAUCGUACUUUUUUUUUGUCUUUUGUAUAUUUAAUUUUUAACUCAUUUGGAAUUUAUAUUUGAGACUUUAUUAAAUCAUGUCAAGUAAUUUAA